AUGCUACCCUCGGUGGUGUUCUGGGGACUUGUUGCCCUCAUUGGCUGUGCAGUACCAAAUCACAUAGAUAUUAGAGGAGUCGGACUCUCGGCAAACCGAACAACCCAUGCAAAGGGCUUGCGGGAGAAGCCUGCCGGAAUGCGGGAAAGCAAGCACAGGGAAUACUUGAAUACCAGAAAGGGAGGGGGCUUGGGAAGGAGCCAUGCGCCCAGUGAAACAUGCCAGGUGGAAAAGAGUGGAGCUGAGAGGUCAGCCAGGAGGCGUACCCAGUACCAGAUAAGCAAAGACACUGUUUUGGCCAUAGUGGUAGCACGGCAGGAAAAAGGCACUUCCAGGGGCUCACACCCAUUCACGCAUUCCAUGAACCCUCAUCUGCAUCCCCGACUUUACCAUGGCUGCUAUGGAGACAUCAUGACCAUGGAGACCUUUGGGGCCCCCUGUGACAUAAAUAACCUGUUGAACUGUGGGAUCCACGGUUCGGAAAUGUUUGCUGAGAUGGAUUUGAAAGCCAUCACGCAUUACCGUAUCCUCAUCAAAGAAGUGGGGCAGAGAUACUGCAUCGACCCAGCUAUCAUUGCAGCCAUCAUCUCCAGAGAAAGCCAUGGAGGAGUUGUUCUGCAAAAUGGCUGGGACCAUAAGGGACAGAAAUUUGGCUUGAUGCAGCUUGAUAAGACGCACCAUCCUAUUGGUUCCUGGGACAGCAAAGAACACCUUCUACAGUCUGUUGGGAUUCUAGCAGAAAAAAUUAAGGCAAUCCAGAGAAAAUUUCCCACAUGGAACACAGCUCAGCACCUCAGAGGUGGUCUGGUUGCUUUUAAGUCAGGACUGGAAACCAUUGUCACUCCUGAAGACAUAGAAGUUGACUUAGUCGAUGACGUUAUUGCCCGAGCCAAAUUCUAUAAAAGACAUGGCUUUUAG